AUGGAAAGCAUCCCUCCAAUGUUCCUUUCUCAGAUGUCUCUUUAUAAAACGUCUGAUAAUAUCCCUUCAAGAGCUUAUACCAGUCAUACAGAAACCAGAAAUAAAAGAAUCAAGCCUUUUAGUGCCGAGCAGAGAAACCGAAAAAUCUCUCAAGAAUUAAAAAGAGCGACCCAAGAUCGAUUAUUAAAAGAAAUCGCUCGGCCGAAAAUUCUAAUAGAAAAUAUCACAAUAGACAAGCCGAAGCAUCCUUCUUUUUAUAUAGAAAAAGCAAGGAAAGAUUUUGAAACAAAAUCUGUCAAUCAUUCAAAAGUGCCAUCUAUUUCGACUGACAGGUCAAAAAUUUUUGGUCCUCCUCUGUCCAGAGAGAUCGCAAAAACCCAUACCCAUUGCAAUUCGUUUUCUGAAUCAAAUUUGGUAAAUUGUCAAGCAAUUCUGUUUGAAUCGCAGUAUCGACCAAAAACAUCUAAAGCUGCACAGAAUACCCAAAAUAGCUGCUACCCAAACUGACUCGUAGCGAGAAAUGACUUCCAGAGCGCUUAUAGGAAAAUGAGUGAUUAUAAAAACUCUGAUUUGGAACAUAUUGUUUCACUUCAUCCAAGCCAAAGGGCUGAUGAUGAAAAAGCUGCAUUGCAGGCAUGGAUAAGCUCAACUAAAUUUUUCGGGAAAUUGCCAAAAUCUGUGGUAUAUGAAACUUGUGAUAAAUUAUUUAAAGAAAAUUAUCAAGAAGGGGAAUGAAUUUUUCAUAAAGGAGACGAAGCUGAUUCCAUGUUUAUCAUUUUUUCUGGAAAAGUAGGGAUUUAUUUGGAAGAUGGAAGCAAUAUUGGCAUAAAAAGCACAAAAGAUGCAAUAGGCGAAACUGCGCUAGAUACAGAGAUGCCAAGGUCAGCUGGUGUUAAAGCAGAAGAGCCAACAGUAAUUUUCAAAUUAAAGAAAACUGAUUAUGACAGCGUGAUUCUUGGGAUUAAAAAACUAGAAAAACAUGAUAAUACAAAAUUUUUAUUAAGCAUCAGAUAUUUUGAAAAUUGGAGCUUUUUAAAAGCUCAAAGGCUAAGUAAUUUUUUGAUAUUGAAGCAUUAUGAGACUGAUGAAUUGCUUUAUGAUAGAGGAGACCCAAGCAAUAUUCUCUAUAUCAUAAAAGAGGGAAAAGUAGAAAUUCAAGCUUUUAUAGAUGUUGAGCAGAAAAAUUGCUGGCCAACAGGGUCUCAAAAGUGGAAAAUAAGGCAGAUAAAAAGAAAAUAUAUAGUGACUCUGAACACACUUACUUAUGGGCAGUUCUUUGGAGAAGCUGAACUAAUUGAAGAUUAUCCAAGGCAAACUCGCGCAAUAGCAAAAGAACCUACUUCAUGUUUAUAUUGCUAUAAGUUAAUUACCUUGAAUUCCAAUUAAAUUAUUACCAUAUUCGUAACAAAAAUAACCCAUUUCUUCAUUUAAGUUAAAUUUACUUGAAUAAACCCAGUAUAAUUAUCAACCGAACCGAAUUUUUCGAGGUUUUUUCUCUAAAAGACAUCGAGCAUUUUACAGAAAUGGGAGGAAUUUAUAUUCCCUCUAAUGAAAAAUUACAGGAAAAAAUCCUGAAAGAAAUAAACGACAGGCACCAAAAUGUAUAUAUUAUUUAGGAAAAAGCUCUAUUAGAUGCUUUAAAAAUUGAUUAUUCUUCCGUAAAAGGAAGAGACACUUCUGAAAAAUCAAGAAGGCUUAAAGGGUGGCUUGACAAUUAUAAAAGCAGAAAAACAAAUGAGAUGAAAAUGUUUAAACAGAAAGUUGUAAAAGAAGUCAAGAAAAAUAUUGAGAUUGGGUCAUAUUCUGUAUUAGAUGGACAGCCAAAAGAAAAAGACAAAAAACCUGUGGAAUUUAGUAUUUAA